AGAAGCAGCAGAAGAAGACCCCAAAGAGGCGUGAACAUGUAGCCCUAUUACAUAGAAUAAAUAGCGACUUGUUUAGUAAUGUAUGUUAAACACUAUUGACGUGUCUGCGACUUUCAGAGAGCAAGAAUCCAUAUGAACGACUCACAAAUGUCCGAAGCUGCUUUGGAGGAAGUUUCUAUUUUAUCGUCCAUUUACUGCAGAGAAGGAGAGUUCCGGCUCAUCCAGCAGUCAGCGGAGGAUGGACUUGUGGUCCAAAUCAACUGUACUGGUGAUGGAGACAAAGGGCUGGAUGUGAGUGUGGUGUUCCAUCUGCACCCUCACUACCCUUCCACCCCGCCCAAUAUCUCCGUCUCUUCUACCGGUCUUUCUAGGACUCAGUGCAGUAGCAUCAAACAAAAGCUGCUUGAUCGAGCUGCAGCGUUACCCCCAGAACCAAUGGUUCUCCAGCUGGUCGAGUGCUUACAGCAAUGUAUGGUGACGAUGGAGGACGCUAGAAAAGGUGAGGAGGUGCAAAAAGAAAGAGAAGAAGAGACGUGGACGUCAGUGUUGUUACUGGACCACAUCCGCUCUAGAAAUCAUUACGUUGGACUGCUGGAGCGAUGGAGCCUGCAGCUGCAUCUGGCUGGGAGGCUAUUACUGGGACAGAUUAUAUUGGUGAUUCUGCAGGGCUCCAGAUGUGACAUCAAGGAGUUUUGUCGCCGGCUGAAGACAGUGAAGGUGGAUGUAGAUUCUUCAGGCAAGAAAUGCAAAGAGAGGAUGAUGAAGGUUCUCAUUGAAACCCCUUUGUCUUCCCCCUGCCAACAUAGUCUCCAGGGUUUUAUUGUGAAGGACUACCAAGGACUCCCAGAACUGACUGCAUUCUUCCAGGGGCUCCAUAUGUCUGAGCUUUACCAGCAGAUAAUGCCAUCACUAACUAAGUGAGAACAGACAGGCCACGUACUAAGAACUCUGAGAGGACAUACUCAGAGGCAGAGCUGAAUAGAAAUGCUACAAGGCUCUUCCUAGUGCCUAAUUUAUUAACUUCUGAUAAGUGUAAGCUGGAUUUCCUCUGGUAAUGUAUGAAAACAUAAGCUGUUAUUCAUGGUUAUUGCAUAUUUUGAACCAGUAAAGGUCAUGUGAGCUGUGCGGCUUUUAUAAAAGACAAAAAGGAACACUCAACUUCAUCUUCUGUGAUGACUUUUGUCCACCAUAGGUCAUAAGGCUCUUUUGGGAAUGAGGUAAAAUCAUUCACACAGACAUAUUUUCUUGACAUUGUUUCUUUUUUAAUCAGUAUCAUCAUCAUUUGGACAAGCCAGAAGUUUUGUGGACGAAUAAUGCCAAAGUAGAAUUGUUUGGUUUAAAUGAGAGACUCAUGUCUAGAGACUAAACAACAUUGCAUUCCAGCACCAGAACCUCAUCCCAUCUGUGAAACAUGGGGGUCUUAAUGUCCUUGUUUGGGCCUGUUUCACUGCAUCUGGACCAGGAUGACUUGCCAUCAUUAAUUACAUCAUUAAUUCUGAAUUAUACCAACAAAUGUCAGAACAUCUGUCUGUGAGCUGAAUCUUAAAGGAAACUGGUUCAUGCAGCAAGACAACACCACCAAGCACAGAAGUCAUUCUACAAAGAACGGUUAAAGCAAAACAAGAUGUUUUGGAACGGCCAAGUCAAAGUCCUGACCUUAAUCCAAUAGAAAUGUUGUGGAAGGACCUGAAACAAGCAGAAAACCCACCAACAUCUCAGAACUGAAGUUGAUGAGACAGAAGAAGUGGGAGAGGAGAGCAGCAUGAGAAACAAGAUGAUAUGUCUGUCAUAUAUACACAUCUGAUGAAUGGUUUGCAUAAGAGAUUUAAAUGAAAAAAAAAGAGCUGAUCACAAAUAUGUUCCAGGUGAGUGGAAGCCGUAACAGUAGAGGCCUAGUCAGAUUGAUCUGAAAAUUAAAUUGUGGAAAUGCCAACAGAACUUUGAGUGGGCGUUUAUUGUAUUAAAACAUCUGAGAUGUACUUGGGUGUGAAUUCACAUCACACUUUCAAAAUGAUCAGUAACAACUUAAAAAUCUGUUCGAAAAUGUAUUACUUUGGUGAGUAUCCUGCAAUUUUUAUACGGUGCUAUAGAAUUUCUCAUUGUGUUUGUUGAUUUGUGAGAAAAACAGUGGUCUGAAUAGACAGCACUGAAAUGUGUUUCAGAUUCCAGCAUCGGCAGUAGUAGAACAUUCCUCACUUUAAAGAGAGCUGCCUCUGUUGUGUGCUUUGACCUAAAUCAGGAUUGUAAUGUCUCAAAGAGUACCUGUUGUUGUUGUUGUUUGUUUAAAAAAAAAAAAAAGAAAGAAA